AACAAUGCUCGCAACUAAACUUGUAUAUUUUGUGAAGAUUACUACGUGCGUGGUUCCUGUUAGAUCAUGUUUUGAUAUUUUUAUGCCAAUAAGUUAUGUAGUUUUGCCAAAAUAUGCAGUGCAUAUAACCACGGUAAACGGUGUUCAAAUAGUUGUUAAAAGGUACGUUUAACACUAAGUGUCGACGUGUAAAAUGGCGUGGUUCGGUGACGGGCUGCCUAGCUUGUCGAAUUUAAAGGGACAAUUAACAAACUUUACGAAGGAAGUCUUAUCGGAGGGCAUUGUCGAGGAAAUUGACGAGCGAUCGAGAGCAUUGAAGGAAGCGAACGAAAAAUGUGUUGAGUUGCAAGAAAUAUUAAACUCGAAAGACGCUGAAAUUUCGCUACUGCGACGACAAAACUGCGAGCUUCAGAAGGCUGUCGUCGAAUUAAAUGCAAAACCAAAGGAUUCGCUUGAACGAAAUGUCAAAGUGUCUCAUGUAACACACAUAACAGUUGCGUAAAAAGUAUACUUUCGUGAGCAACUGUAACCUCAGUCCACAAUUGAAUUAAUUAUCAUUUAUACGUAAUAUUUGAAAUGA